CGGAGGGGCAGGGAGCGCGGUGUCAUUUAGCCGGGGCGGAAGUGGAGCACGGGAACGCCGCAUGCAGUUCUCCCACCAGUUGUGAAAGUCGUUAUUAGGUGGAUCCCGCAGUCUGUGUGGUCCUGGGACCGAAAGGUCAUGAAACGAGUGCGCACCGAGCAGAUUCAGAUGGCAGUGUCCUGCUACCUCAAACGCCGGCAAUACAUGGACUCAGACGGUCCCCUGAAGCAAGGACUACGGCUGUCACAGACUGCUGAGGAGAUGGCGGCGAAUCUCACAGUUCAAUCAGAAUCUGGUUGUGCCAACAUAGUGUCUGCAGCCCCUUGCCAGGCAGAACCCCAGCAAUAUGAAGUACAGUUUGGACGACUGAGGAAUUUUCUCACUGAUUCUGAUUCCCAGCAUAGCCACGAAGUGAUGCCUCUCCUCUAUCCUCUCUUUGUCUACCUCCAUCUCAACCUGGUCCAGAAUAGUCCGAAGAGCACAGUGGAAAGUUUUUACAGCCGCUUCCAUGGAAUGUUUCUGCAGAACGCCAGCCAGAAGGACGUCAUCGAGCAGCUGCAGACUACCCAGACCAUCCAGGACGUCCUGUCUAACUUCAAGCUCCGAGCAUUCCUAGAUAACAAGUACGUGGUCCGCCUCCAAGAAGACAGCUACAACUACCUUAUCCGCUACCUCCAAAGUGACAACAAUACUGCCCUCUGCAAAGUCCUGACCUUACAUAUCCAUCUUGAUGUGCAGCCUGCCAAGAGAACAGACUACCAGCUCUAUGCUAGUGGCAGCUCCUCUCGCAAUGAGAGCAACGGCUUAGAGCCCCCUGAUAUGCCCAGCCCUAUUCUGCAGAACGAGGCUGCCCUGGAGGUCUUGCAGGAGAGCAUUAAGCGUGUCAAGGACGGGCCUCCCUCCCUCACUACCAUCUGCUUCUAUGCCUUCUAUAACACAGAGCAACUGUUGAACACUGCAGAAAUCUCCCCUGACAGCAAGCUGCUUGCUGCUGGGUUUGACAACUCUUGUAUAAAACUUUGGAGUUUACGAUCCAAGAAGUUAAAAUCAGAGCCCCAUCAAGUAGACGUGUCCCGCAUCCACUUGGCUUGUGAUGUUCUGGAAGAGGAGGAUGAUGAGGAGGAUAAUGCAGGCGCAGAGAUGAAGAUACUGCGGGGACAUUGUGGACCAGUGUACAGCACGAGGUUCCUUGCAGACAGCUCAGGGUUGCUCUCUUGUUCUGAAGACAUGUCCAUCCGAUACUGGGACCUGGGGAGUUUCACCAACACUGUGCUGUACCAAGGACAUGCCUAUCCUGUGUGGGACCUGGACAUCAGCCCGUACAGUCUGUACUUCGCCAGCGGGUCCCACGACCGCACCGCCAGGCUGUGGUCCUUUGAUCGGACGUACCCGCUGAGGAUAUAUGCAGGACACCUGGCAGAUGUGGACUGUGUCAAAUUCCACCCGAAUUCAAACUACUUAGCUACCGGCUCAACCGACAAGACCGUCCGGCUGUGGAGCGCCCAGCAGGGGAACUCGGUGAGGCUCUUCACCGGCCACCGUGGCCCCGUGCUCUCCCUUGCCUUCUCCCCCAACGGUAAGUACCUGGCGUCCGCGGGCGAGGACCAGCGGUUGAAGCUGUGGGACUUGGCCUCUGGGACCCUUUAUAAAGAACUGAGAGGCCACACAGACAAUAUCACCAGCCUCACCUUCAGUCCGGACAGUGGCUUGGUCGCCUCUGCCUCCAUGGACAACUCGGUGCGCGUCUGGGACAUCAGGAACACUUACUGCAGCGCGCCUGCCGACGGCUCCUCCAGCGAGCUCGUGGGCGUGUACACCGGGCAGAUGAGCAACGUCCUGAGUGUGCAGUUCAUGGCCUGCAACCUUCUUCUGGUGACUGGAAUCACACAAGAAAAUCAGGAACAUUAAUUCUUUUCUUUGUUGGAACGGACUGGGGCAGUGGGGGAAGGCCUCCCGUUGCAGUCCUUCCACAAGCUGAGAUUGAAUCACUGACUGACUGUGAAAGAGCCCCCCUUCUCCCCUCCCUCCUGGGCCCUCAUCCCAGACAGGCCCCUCUUCUCUCAGCCCCCCAACAUGGAAGGCCAGGGUUGGGGUUGGGGCAGAGGCGAGGCAGUGAUGAGUGGACACGAGAUCACGAAUUAGGAUGCUCCAGAGGCCGAUCACUGGUUUUCGCCAAGACCCUGCUGUGCUCUUGCACGUGCAAGCACCUUCCUGUCUCUGUCUCGCUUUUCCCUUCCGCCCCACCCAGGGCCGGGUGUGGUCAGAGGGUGGUUGCAGAGCACUCUCAGGAGAAGCAAUGUGGCAGAGGUGUCACCUGGGGUCCAGCCCUCAGGCAGAAGGGAAGUCCUUACUGGUGGAGGGAUGUGGGGACAGGAACUAGGAAAGGGGAGGGGAUGAUCCUGGCGAAAAGUCUUUCCUUUUCCGCAAUUACAGAGAACCAGGAUUUUUUUAUUAUUGUUAUUAUAAUUAUAAUUAUUAUUAUUAUUGAGAAGAGGAAACCUAGCACUGGCAGAGGGGACCUUCUCUGCUUUUAUCUUUCAGGUUUGACUCCUGGCACUGGCUUCGAUACUUGGAAUUUUGAGGUUCAGGGAAUUCAGAGAAUUUGGUAGCACAGUGUAUUGGGAGAAAGGGAAAUUUUGGGUGACAGAUUGGUCACCCCAGUUGACGUGUUCCUGGAAGUGGGUGGGUGGGUUUGAUUGAGAAAACUUGGGCUCUUGGGCUCUUGCAGUGAUGGUGGGAAAGACAGUUCUUCUCAUGGCUGCACUUCCAUUAGUAAUUCUCUCCCCUCAAAAGAAAGAUUAUGAUAAAGAAUAAUUUGGAGUAAAAGUCACAAGAUAAUAUUAGAAAAAUGUGGAAUUUCCAAAUGACCAUUCAGCGGUGUAGCUUUUUUGUCAUCCUUCUCUGCUGCGGUGAUCUGCUCCCGCCUCCUGCACUGCAGUUCCAGUCUAGCGAACACUUGGUGGGACGAUCGUAAGUAUGCUCGCACGCAUAUCAAACUACGCUCUGACCAUAAAGGAAGUUCUAAUUUGUGGAAAAAGGAUUAAAUAUUUCUGUUUUCUGAGAAGAGUUAUUUUGUAUUUUGUUUUCUAUUAAAAUGCAUUUAGUUUCAAAAAAAAA